AUGGGCAUCGAUUCGUUAUUCAUCACCAACAACAAGACGGAAACGUUAACCGCGGUGAAACACUGGGGACCGGAAACGGACUCUUCGGUGUGCGAAAAAGUCUUCGAGAAGCAUAACGAAGCGAUCAAAGCGAACAGCCAAGGGGACGUUCUCGCGAUCGACGGGAAAGACUACGCGUUUUUCCAAUCGAGAGGCGAAAUCACGUACAUCGCCACGUGCAACUCGGAGACGCAACCACUCAUGGUGGUUGAGUUCUUAACGCAACUGCACGAGGUUUUGAAAUCCUAUUUCGGGAACGUGAUUACGGAGGCGAUAUUACAAGAACACCAUCUGACGCUGUAUCAGCUACUGGACGAGAUGUUGGAUUCGGGGAUACCGGUGAAUACGCAUCCGGGCGGGUUACACGUGUUGGUGCCGCCGCCGAAUUUGGCGAACAGAUUACACAACGCGGUUUUAGGCACCGCGUCGGGGGUUUUGGUCAGCGACCAAGAUCCGACGAAAUUGUUGCCGUUACCGUGGAGAGCGUCGAAUAUUAAGUACACGUCCAACGAGGUGUAUUUGGACGUCAUCGAGCACGUGGACGCGACGUUAGAUCCGGAAGGGAAGUUGUUAACCAGCGCUAUUUACGGGAAGAUUGAAGUGAAUUGUCGAUUGAGCGGUAUGCCGGACAUAUCGUUGUCGUUGUCGAACUCGCAUUUGAUCGAAGAUUAUUCGUUUCAUCCUUCGGUGAGAUUGGCGAGGUUCGCGAGCGAUCGGGUGGUCUCGUUCGUCCCAGCCGAUGGGAAGUUUACGUUGAUGAAUUACAAGAUUCGACCGGAAUCAAAAGAGGAUAAAAAUCAGUGGCAACCGAAGUAUAUCAAACAAAAUCCGUGGAUGCAAUCGCAAACGAUGGGCGGCGGCGGUCCAGGAGGCGGACCGGAAGGGUCUAUUUCCGCGCCUUUGCCAUUAUACAUUCGCCCGCAAUCGUCGUUUGGACCGACGCAAGGUAGAAUUUCCAUCGUGUGCGGGACCAAACCGGCGUUUGAGAAACCAGUCGAAGCGGUGAGCUUACAAGUCGCGUUACCUUCGCGCGUUUUAAGCGCCGACCCGUCCGCGACGCACGGCGGCGCCACCUUCGACGACGCCAGUAAAACGGUAAACUGGACCAUCGACAAAUUCCCGGCGGAUAAAACUCCGUGCUUAACGGUCGUCUUAGCCAUGGGUUCCGAGCAAGAAAGUAACAACAACAAUAGCGAUAAUACAAACAACAGCAACGAAAACGAAAACGAAAACGCGUUGGCAAUGAUGGGAGGACGAACGGACAAAUCAUCAUCUAAACUCCAAUCCGAGCGACGAAAAAUCAAGUUGCAAGAAACCUGCAACGUGACCGCGCAGUUCUCCGUCGCUGGCGUCGGUGUCAGCGGCGUGAAAGUCGAGUCCGUACAAGUCCGAAACGAAAAGUACAAACCGACGCAAGGCGUGAGAUAUCACACCAGGAACGGUCGGAUAGUCGUCAGAACGUAA